AUGGGGGUGGUUAGGCGCCAGCUUUGGGGAAGCUGGGUUGGCAUUGACGAUGUACGGAAUACUCUAGCCAACAGUAGGGCAGAUGGAAGGUACCGAAGCCGCCUCGAGCGCAGUGCGAUAUUAUGGGUAGUGAUUCAAGAUGCUGGUGAUCCUACCACUGCAAUCAUGUUGCGCCCCGCGGACGUCUUGGUCGUCAUUGACGAUACUCCAGCUACUGGAUACAAAACAGCACCGAGUCCAGAUAAGGUAGGUUUAGAACUGCACCCGAUUCCGCGGCACGUGUGCGUGGAGCAGCGAUGCAAUGCACUUGUGGGUGAUUGUUGGAAAGCCUUCGGCAGUGAGGGGCUGUGGACCAAGUUGCACACACGGUACAACGGUUGCAUGGAUCCAAGUAGACAAAGUGAGAAUGGCCACGGCUGA